GACCUUCUUCCCUCUCGUCAAACUGAAACUAAACUAGACUGAUCACAAUCUCAAUUCACCUCUCCAAAAAGUCAAGUCACCGGGAAACCACCGUGAAAAAAUCCAAAAUGAGCGGAACAAGCGGCGGAGCACAAGCCAAUCACUCUCUCGCUUUCAGAGUAAUGAGACUCUGCCGCCCAUCCCUCCACGUCGAAACCCCUCUCCUCUUCGACCCCGCCGAUCUUCUCCUCGGCGAAGACGAUUCCUCCUCUCUCCUCCCUUCCGAGUCUCUCUCCUCCGAAGACGGUGGCGCCGAUCUCUCCUUCCGCUCUCGCUUCCUCCUCUCUGAUCCCUCCACCGCCUCCGGCCUCUCCGGCCUCCUCGUUCUCCCCCAAUCCUUCGGGGCGAUAUAUCUGGGAGAGACGUUCUGUAGCUACAUUAGCAUUAAUAAUAGUUCCACCUUUGAGGUUCGAGAGAUUGUUAUUAAGGCAGAAAUCCAAACAGAAAGGCAGAGGAUACUGCUAUUGGACACUUCCAAAUCACCUGUUGAAACAAUACGAGCGGGGGGACGUUAUGAUUUUAUUGUUGAACAUGAUGUGAAGGAACUGGGGGCUCACACGUUGGUAUGCUCUGCUAUGUACAAUGACGGUGAUGGUGAACGCAAAUAUCUGCCCCAGUUUUUCAAGUUCAUUGUUGCCAAUCCACUUUCAGUUAGGACAAAGGUCCGUAUGGUCAAGGAUCUCACCUUUUUGGAGGCUUGUAUUGAAAAUCACACCAAAGCAAAUCUUUAUAUGGACCAAGUUGAGUUCCAGCCAGCUCAGAAUUGGGGCGCGACAGUCCUUACAGCUGAUAUGAGUCUUGACGAAAAGAAUUUUACUAGUGACAGAGAAAUAUUUAAGCCACCGGUUUUGAUAAAAUCUGGAGGUGGAAUUCACAAUUUCUUAUAUCAGUUGAAGUUGUCUUCACAAGAAUCUACACAGACGAGAAUUGAGGGAAGCAAUAUUCUUGGUAAACUUCAAAUAACGUGGCGAACAAACUUGGGGGAGCCUGGCCGCUUGCAGACACAACACAUUCUUGGCAGUCCUGUUCCUCGCAAAGAGAUCGACUUGCAAGUGGUGAAGAUUCCACCGGCUAUAAUCAUGCACAAACCCUUUGAGGUGCAACUACGUCUCACAAACCAGACUGAGAGGGCCCUGGGGCCAUUUGAGAUCUGGUUUUCAGGUGAUGCCAAUGGGGAGUUGGCGUUCAUGGUUAAUGGCCUCCAGACUAUGGCUUUGCCAGAGAUACGGGCACUUACUUCCACUGACUUAAACAUGAACCUGAUUUCGACUAAACUCGGUGUCCAGAAAAUCACAGGGAUAACAGUUUUUGACUCAGUUGAGAAGAAGACUUAUGAGCCUCUUCCGGAUUUAGAGAUUUUUGUUGAUUUGGAUUGAACUCCGGCACAAGUGAUGGAUGAGCUAUGAGUUGUUGAUAGAUUAUUCAGUGACCUGAACAAGAUGGAAUUCUGUUAGUAGUCUGAAGACGUUGUGUAUUCUUGUAGAGCCGAAUCUAGAGAGAGUUUCUUCUGCUAAGGAGCUGUUCAGAGUGGAAAGAUAAAGAGCUUUUUCUAGAUAUAACCAGUAACCGAGAAGUUGUAUUUAUAACGAGCUUAUAUUGUAAGCCAGCCAAAACAGAUUUACUCUCCUUAAUCCGGUUUCUUUACCAAAAUCCAAUGGAACGACUUUGACAACAACGUGGGGUUUCCCUCACUAUAGUUUGCAAAGAGGUUUUAGGCGUUUUACAUUUAAUCUAUUUGAAUUACAAGGAAGCACUUUCAAA